UCCAUUACCUUUUUACUUUCCCGCCAAGUAAAUCCCUCUCUCUGUCUCUCUGGUUUUCUCUCUGUCCACCAUGUUCCAGCUCAGCCUAGACCAAGGCGCGGUUCUUCUGAAGCAGGCGGUGAUGCCCUUGGUCGAAAUGGUCCAGUUUGCCGACAUUCGCAUCUCACCGGAGGAUUUAACGCUGGUGUCCGUGAGCAACUAUCCGAUGUUCCCACAGGUCUGCAUUGCGCUGCGGAUGCGAAGCUUGAUGUUCGCUCAGUUCCGGUGCAACGAGACCCGUUGGAUUUGCAUCAACCUCCACCACUUGUUCUCCGCGCUGGCUCUCGCCCGCAGUGAAGAGUCGAUCGCGAUCCAUGGUGAUGAAGGCGAGGAUGUGGUUGGCUUCUUGUUCAACAAUCCCAGAACUCGACGAGUCAGAUACUCUGAAAUGGCAUUGAUUAAUGUUUACCCUGCUGAUCAGAUGCAGGCAGGUUUUGCAAAUUUCAAAUAUCAAGUGAUUGUUGGGAUACCAUCGGUGGAGUUUCAACGUCACAUGAUACAUUUGCGCUGUUUUGGGGUGACAGUUUAUGCACGCAUAACCGAUACUGAAGUUAGGCUCUCUGCAGCGAAUGAGGAGGUUCUUCUGACAAACGAGAAUUGCAUUAUUGGGGGUGAUGUAAGUGAAGAAGAUCCAGUUACUGCGGUGUUCAGCCUCCAUUGCCUGAGCGCAAUCAUGAAUGCGUCGCGUCUGACAAGCAGGGUGUGGUUGCUCCACUCCAAUUCUUCACUUCCAUUUUGCAUGCUGAAUUUCCCUGUUGGUGCACUGGGUAACCUCAUGUUUCACUUUCCCUCACCUGAAGAUGGUGAUGAAACUUGACGUAGUAGUACUACUAGUCUAAAGUAGCCAACUCCGUUAUGACUUCUGUUCUCAACUCAGAUUUUAAUGAUAAUGUGAGAAUUAAUCGCAAGUGUAAAAAUCACCAACAAAAAGGAUUUUGUCAGAGAUCUUGAGAUGUACUAAGUUUGAUAUGGAUAUGUAGUUGUGCU